CACAAGCUGUUGAAAUAGUAAAAGCCUCUCUCCGCCACGCUCUAUCACCAAGAACAACCAGACAGACACAGACACUGACGCUGUUGCAGUGCACAGGAGCACCCUACCCUGGGUAAAGCUACAUCAGCAGACCAUACUACGUAGGAAUAUACCGUCUCCUCAACAAAACAACACCCUCCACUGAACUGAGAGGCUGUUUUUCAUCUCAGUUCUCCCCAUAAUUACUCAAUUUUCUCAUUCUAGGACAGCAUUGCUUCUCUCCUCAGCGAUUACCCUCGGAGCGCACACUACCACAACACAACAGGACACCCCACUCUGACUAAACAAAAGUUGUGGAAACCUAUCAACUUUGGAGGGGAGCCUACUACGUAUACGGUCGGAUAUACGGUGGCCUUCCAGUGCCGAGAGAGAGAGAAAGGGAGGGAGGAUUUGGGUCUUCUUCUCUCUGCUGGUGGGUGAAAGUCUAUCAAAACGCCGCGUGCCGUGCUCCGCGUGAAGAAUGCCCAGGCGAGGAUGGCCAAGCCGGCCGAACCGGCGCCCACACCAGGGCUCUACAUGGAGCGCUCGCAGAGUCGGAUCAGCCUGUCGGCCUCCUUCGAGGCCCUGGCCAUCUACUUCCCCUGCAUGAACUCUUUCGAUGAGGACGAUGUUGAUGCUGAGGGCAGGAGGCAAAAGGGGAUCCAGAGGAGCACUGAGACGGGACUGGCCGUAGAGAUGCCCAGCCGCAACGUACGCCAGGCCAGCCACGAGUCCAUCGAAGACAGCAUGAACAGCUAUGGCUCAGAGGGCAAUCUGAAUUACAGUGGGAUGUGCCUGGCCUCUGAUACCCAAUUCAGUGACUUCCUGGAUGGGAUGGGCCCUGCACAGUUUGUUGGGCGACAGACACUAGCCACAACAUCAUUGGGUGAUGUUGAAAUAGGCCUGCUGGAGAGAAAUGGCCUCUUGGAGGUGGAGAUCGUGCAGGCCAGAGGACUCACCCAGAAACCUGGAUCCAAAGGACCUCCAGCGGCUUACAUUAAAGUGUACCUACUUGAAAAGGGGGUAUGCAUUGCCAAAAAGAAGACAAAGUCAGUUAGGAAAUCCCUGGACCCUCUGUAUAACCAAGCGCUGGUGUUCUCGGAGAGUCCACAGGGGAAAGUCGUUCAGGUGAUUGUUUGGGGAAACUACGGACGCAUGGAUCGUAAAUGCUUCAUGGGUGUUGCCCGCAUUUUAUUGGAGGAGCUGGAUUUGACGAGCAUGGUGAUUGGCUGGUAUAAGCUUUUCCCCACCUCGUCCAUGGUGGACCCCACGAUGGCCCCGUUGAUAAGGCACUCUUCCCAGCUGUCCUUGGAGAGCACCGUGGGCCCAUCCUUUGAACGCUCUUAAGACCUCUGGGUACUGGCUCUUUUUGAACAUACCCUUCUAUUUGUGUGCCCUCCAAAGGAAGGUACCACACCUUCAGAGGAACAUAUGCCUGACCGUAGUGUACAGCUCUGAGAUGAUGAAUGUGACACUGGCCUUGCACUGUUUAAAAAAAUAUAUAUUUUAAAGGGGCGCCAAAGGUCUAGGAAGACUUUGAGCACAGGACUUAUUCUUGACUUGGGCUGUUUCUUCUUACAUGGUACAAUGGUAUAAUCUGUGUCUUUUGGAUAGAAUUAUGUCAAUGAUGGUGCAAGAGAGAGAUUUGCAACCCUCUACUGGGGAGGUUACCAUCCUGUGUUCUGUUUGCAGACAUUGGGUCUGAAGCUGAAGGUUGCAUCACAGAGGGGAAUGUGCAAUAUCAUGGUUAUACUGUAGCUGGUAUAGGAAAAAACAAGCCAACACAAGUUCUAGACAUCCAACAGCAAGAGAAGCAGAUUCUCUCUACAAUAAUAGAAUUUGUAAAACCAGGCUGAGAAUUCUGAUUUGGAUCGAGCUUAAGUGUUGUUUGAAUAUAUUUAAGAUUGUCUUUGAUGCUUGGCUAACAUUUUAACAUUUUCAACUGUGCCAAUUUACCAGCAAGUGUCUUGACUUUGUGGCUUGUGCCAUUGUUCACUGAAAAGGGGUAAUUUUGGAACGGAAACAUUUGAUGACAGCUCGUGACGGGGCACUGAGAGGAUAUAUGACAGAUAUAUAAUGAAAUCAAAUGAAUUUACAGAAGAACAUGUGUGCACAUUGUAUAGCUGUACGGUAAUUAGAAUAACAUGUAUUUUAUUUGGGCACUUUAUUAUUGAUGUUUUUCUAUUAAUGUUAGUCUUCAGUGAGCCAAGAACAGAGACACAGAACUUUGGUAUCCCAGUAAGGUUGUAGCAUUAGGUGGUAGCGUCAGCAUGACAGAAUACCUUAUUAGCUUAUCACAAAAUAAUAAGAUUAAGCAGGGGCGGAUAGGUCCCAGAAAUCUAAACUAAAGUGUAAAUUGAUUAAGGAGCUAAAGGACAAGAAACACACAGUGCCAACGAACACUUAAGAGGAACCGGUGGCCAGGCAAUCACCUGCUGGGUGUCGACGGAACGGUGCCGAUUCAACAUGUAGAAUGGUCAGGAAAUAAAUAAUUUUGGCCAAAGUUCUGGUCAGAGGGUAAAGGAUGGACACCCACUGCUUUUAACCAUUCACUGGCAUUCACUUGCGCAUUGUGUAUUGUCCUUAACAUGUAGCAGUUAAGUUCAGAUUCAUAGAGAUAAUUGCAGUACUGACUUGUGUGCUACUGUGGAAAACAGAAUAGCUGUAUUAAAUAUUAAGAAACAAGUGUAUUUGUUCCCUUUAAGUAUUAUACAGCACACAUUGGUAUCUUUUUUGACAAUAUAAAAUGUCCAAUGCUGUGCAAAAACUCUGAACCACACCUGAUAAAUCAAACCUGUGUCAAAUACAGAUGUCAAAUACUUCCAAAUACUUAAUUUAGCUUGGAGUUUGCACUUCUGGGACUAUUCCAUUGGUUUCAUUGUACAUGCAAACUAAAUCAAGCGCAGCUCAAGUACUUGAACGUUUUUGACAAAAGUAUCUGACCUGGAUCUAGCUAAAAUGAGUCUACAUGUUGCGUAUAAUGUAUUAAGUCUAAAUUAGAAUGAAAUGUUCAAAAUAUAUAUAUAUGGAUACAACAUUUUUUAAAUGCUAAAUUAACUUGAAGACAAAAUUCAAGUCUUAAGAUGAACACUAAGGCUUAGAUUCAAUUAAAACAAGUGUUAACCGGCAAUAACAAACACCUGCAUAGCGGAUGUUUUGGCAGUGUUGGAACUGCAUUGGAGCUGUCAAAUCUGUAAGCAGCUUCUCUUGCAAUCAUUGUCAGGAAGCCACACCCUCCCCAUUUGCAUUAGAAGUUCAGAACAAGAAAGUGUAGGCUGUAUAGAAAUAAUUAUGCUCAAAUUGAAAAUUCAUUAAACAAAAUAAUGAGGAUUUAUAUAAUCCUAAUCGAGGUGUAGAUUACAUCUCACAUUCCAGUGUUCGAACUU